CCUCUUUUUAAAACUGCCCCGCCGAUUCCCCUCUGUCGGUCUGGUGUGAUCCUAUGUCAAUGGUAUAGUCGUCGGCAACAAUCGCAAGUUGGCGUAAAUUAAAUCCGAGUGAGUUCGAGUCACCGGAAUUGUGAAGGAUUUCAUUAUUUGGGUUACUGGGUUUUGGGCGAUUUGAUCUUUGGGGCUGCGCUUUCAGGACCAGAACAACAUUAGCAGGUGAUGGGCUUCAUGAUGGAGGAGCAUAAUCUGAAGAAUUUUGAAGAGUCCAACUCAGGACCAAAAGGGGUACAUUUGGUGGAUUCGGCUAAUUUGGAUGUCGCAUGUUUAGAAACAGAAAUUGGGAGGUUGACAUACACAGUUGAUUGCAUGGAACCCAAGUUGGAGGAUUUAAGAUUACAUGUAUUUAACUUAGAACAUGCGAUGCUUGAAAUAUUGAAGGGUGAUUGUAUUGAGGAAAUUGUUUCUGAGGUUGUCGAAAUUGUGAGUUUAAAGGCCAAUAAGACUCAUAACCUGUUGAGUCGAACUGUUGGUACAACCUUUGUGGAGCAAAUGGAUGAGGAUUUGUUUGGUGAACAUGGGAGAAGCAGUCAAGACCCACUAAAAAAAUUGACCAAGUCACCAGUGCUGGAUGGCUAUGCUGAUGAGGGACCCCAUGAGGAACUCAUACAUGAUGAGAACAAACCUGACCUCGUUACGAGGGUUAAACAGCAGCCACAAAAGACUCUUCGUUCUCGGAAACAACAAAGGAGUAAACCCAAAGCCCCAAUUUUUGCAAUAAGCGGUCUCAUCACACCUGAGAAUGCACAUCUCAUGAAAUUUUUAUUUAGGAAGAAUGGAAUUGGAGAAGACAAGUGGAGUGAAGUAGUAGCUAGUUAUGGUGACUACGCCGUUACUAGAAAGGAAUUUCAGUGUCUCUCUCCAGCAACUCCACUAUCUUGCAAGGUCAUAAACAUAUCUGCGGCGUAUUUGAAUGAGCCGGAGUCAGAACAUUGGUUUCUCCCUUCCUUUUUUGGGGAACGAGCGAGGGUAAAAGAUGAAUCAUGUAGCUAUGCUAAGUGGCUCACAUCAACCAUUGAGAUGUGUGGUCUGAAGAGGUUUCAUCGCCGUCUCCAACAAUGCUCCAAGAUAUUCAUUCCCUUGCACGACAAUAUGGAAGACCACUGGAUUCUGUUAGUCAUGCACCUCCCUGAAAAAAAGGCAGAGGUGCUGGACAGCUUCCCUGAUGUAAGGUCACGUGAGAGGCAAAUGGAUCAUGCAAGAGAUGUGAUGGCAAUGUUGCAGAAGGUAUUUGGUAGUGAAACAACAUGGUCAAACUCCAAAUUUUAUCACUUUCCAUCAUUCACUCUUAACUUUUCGGACUUUAACCCAACACAUGAACAAAGGUCUGAGAGCGGGGUAUUUGUUAUAAGGCACAUGCAGUACUACCGUGGCAUGUGGUCAACAACGUUUCAUUCGGAGGACCAGCGUACUCGAUUGGCACUUGAAAUUGUUCUUCAUCCAAGGAAUGAACACCGUCAAAUAUUGAUUGGAGCAGCAGCAGGAGCGUCGAUGCCGCCAAUAGGUGAAAGUGAGCUAUUCAAAAACAUUCCUCUUCCACCAACCGGAAGAAAGUUUCGUAGCCACCGUAAGCGGCGAGAUCAUGUGUCGAAGGACGUCUAGGUUAUAUCUUGGUCUUAAGUAUUAAUUAAAUGACAGUUUGAGCAAUUUAUUGUGAGAGCCCAUACCCAAAACAGGGUCGUUUUUAUUUGGUUGUUGUGGUAGUCAUAUUUUCAGUUUUGGAAUCACUUUAUCAGUUUAUCUAGUGCUACUGUUUUCAUAGACUUUGUGGUAUCCUUGUGUAAUAUUUUUGUUUCCAUGGUCUAGUCUUCGUAGUUUUUGUUUGGCAGCAAUUUGUCUAGUCUUUGUAAUUUUUAUUUUAGAUGCAUUACUUAUAGUUAUACACUGUGUUUGCUUUUUUAUUUGAAUCCUUUUCUUUUUAUUUCUUGAAGCAUCCAAACUAAGUUUGAAAUUUUGGCCUGGAACAAUUUUGAAAGAGUGAAGAAAUUUUGUGGUGGCUGUGUAUGUUUAUGUGUUUUUGAUUUCGAGCUUUCAAAUAUUGAGGUAUAUUUUGAAAUGGAUACACAACUGCUCGGUACUAUAUAUAGCUAUUGAAGUUGGGAGAAGUAUGAGUCAAGGUUAGCACUACUACAAAGCUUUAAGACAAUGUAAAUAGUAAUAUAGGAAUUCCGUAAGAAGUUAAGGUUUCCAGUUUUUAAGGUGAUGCUAAUCUGCAUAUAAUCUUGCAAUUUUUACAACUUCAUUAGUAUUCCCUGUUUCCAUUUUAAUUUAGGUUGAUAAGGUGGUCUGGGUUGGAGCUUUUUCACUGUUUUGUUUGUUUGGACUUUGGAAAUUGAUAUUGACUCUUACUUUACGCAAUUGUCUUGAAACUCUUUUACUAUAAUUUUAUAAAUGUAUAUCACUUCUCUUGAUAUUGACAAGGAUUCUUUUUUUGAGAUCUCUAGACGAUUAAUUUCUUUGAAGUUGUAAGUUAUGAAACAGGGUUUUGGUUAGAUUGCUCUAUGGUCUCUUACCGCUGCAUCUAACCGGGAAAAUGCAGGUAUAUCAAUAGGUUUAGAUUUUCAACUGCUAUUAUUUUUGUUGUUGAAGAAAGACAAGUUGAUUUGUACCAAUUAUGGCAGACAUUCUGAUUUUGUUCAUAGUUUUCUGUCCUGAAGCUUAUUGAUUUAUGUAUCUGCUAUGAUUCUCAUAUUGGUAGGGUGAUUUUGUACUUUGCACAAAGUGUUUUGAAAAUGGAAACUAUGGGAAGAGAGUGUUUUCAAGUAUAACAACCAAUACGUUGAAAAGAGU